AUGCAAGAUAAAUCUAACAGCAUUAUCAGAAGGCGCGGCUGGUUAUAUCACCGCUCAGCUCGAGAUAGCACGGCCGAUAACAGCGGUUUAGUGUUCAAACACGGUUUGAUCUUCGGAACCGGUUCUGCCUAUCUAGGAAGAGCAUACAGGCCUUAUGCCAGAGUAUUAUUUCACAACACCAAGAUGUCUGAUGUAAUUGUUCCUCAGGGUUGGUCGGCAUGGGAUUAUGUUGGCAAAGAAAACGCUAUAGUUUCUGCGGAGGUAGACUAUAAAGGACCUGGAGCAGACAAGUCCAAGCGUGUGCCAUGGGAGAAAAACUUGUCGACCAAGGAUUUGAGACAUUUACUAAAUCUCAACACUUUCAUAAACCAAGGAGGAUGGAUCCAAAAACAACCUAAGCUUAAGACAGUCCCUUAA